UCAUAUAUGUCUUUCAAAAGAAAUUUGGCGUAAUUUAUUUCUUGAAUCAAUACAACGAAAAGAACUUUUAAAUUCAAAUUUAUCUUCUUUGUAUACUGAUCUUCUUUCUGAUAAACCUCCGUUUUCAUUUGAUACAAUAAGUAUUUAUACAAGACAUGAAUUUGGUAUAUUAUAUGAUUCAAAUAUGAGAAAAGGUGAUGCAGCAUGGUAUAUGGAUCAAAUUUAUUCUUCAAUAUUAUUAAAUGAUUAUUGUGAAAAAUAUCCAAAUAUUACAAUUGAUAAAAUUCCUAGAAAAUCAUCCCGUCUUGAUCCACAUUUGCCAUCACAAUAUUGGGAAUCGGAAAAAUUAAAACAAUUUGGUGAUGCACAUAUUAUACAUGAUGAGAUAUUUGAUUCAUAUCGUUGGACAAUAUUUAAAAAUUUAUUAGUUUUUUUGUUUAAUUCAUCACUAACAAAUGAUUUUGAUUUUUAUUAUAAACAAUUUGUUCUUACUUUACGAGAUAAACCAGAAGAUCAUUAA